AUGUCUAUUGUUGACUUGAGAGCUGUAAAAUAUGUGGAAAGAGUGAAUGAAAACCUCAUUUGUUGUAUAUGUCAGACUCCAUUUAUUGAUCCAGUGACCACUCCUUGCGGACAUACUUUUUGUUUACAAUGCAUUCAACAAGCACUUGAAUCAUCAAACUUGUGUCCAAUUGAUAGAGCGGUCAUAUCUCAUGAGCUACAGCCUGCAAUCAAAAUAAUCUCAAACAUGGUGAAUGAAUUAUUAGUGCAUUGUACACAAGAAGGCUGUGAUUUCACCUGUCAAAGACAGCUGAUAGAGUCUCACAUAAAAAACGAUUGUCAGUAUACGAUGACUUGUUGUGAGCUGGAAGAGUGCCAAGAACUGUUUCUCAAGAGAGAUCUCGGCUCACACGCGGAAAAGUGCCAGUUCAGAACAUCUGAAUGCUUCAUGUGUAAAAAGAAACUAAAGGUGUUUGAGUUACAGAACCAUUUUGAUCUUUGUCCUGCAGAAAUUAUAGAAUGCACUUACUGCAAAACAUCUCGGUCUCGACUUGAGCACACUUCUCAUAUUGAUGAAUGUCCUCAAUACAGAUUAGACUGCAACUAUCGCGACUUUGGCUGCUCUUGGAAAGGGGAGAGGCAAGAUUUAUCUGACCAUCUCGCCAACUGUCCAUACGAGGCAUUGAAGGGAUAUCUACACCAGCAACAACAAACAGAGAGAUCAUUGAGAGAAGAUAUCUUGAGGCUUUCUAAAGAGAAUCAGUCGCUCAAAUGCCAGCAAUACGAAAUGCAGCAACGCAUGGACUCUGUUCUUGAUCAACUUUGCACGAUGUUUCCUAGCCACUUUUCACCUGAUCUAGACAUGAUACCCGAAGAAGCUCGUAAUGAAUCUGUAAUGGUUGAGAAUCAAAGAGUGACAACUGAAUUGGAGACGCUAUCGGCUAAUCUCGCUUCUCUGGAACUAAAACAAAAUAUGGCCUUGAUGACGGAAACAUUUCGGCUACAGGAAGAACUGCAGAGUAUAAGAGCCGUCUGUCAUGGGUUAAGGAUGCAGAUGCAUUACCUCAUGAUGGACCGCAAAUCAGCCACAGCAACAUCUCCAGCGGCGGCGGCGGCGGCAGCGGCAGCAGCAGCAGCAGCAGCAGCGGCCGCAGGAAGUGGAUCCAAAGUGAGUGGAAAUGACAAUGAAUCCGGUCACACUGGCGCCAUGGGUUCACUUGAUAGAAUGCGCAAUUGGCUGGAUCCUCAAGCUAAUACGCCAAGACAAGAAACAAAGCUUUAG